AGAGGGGCAGAAAGGUAACUGCGGCCCAAAAGGGCCAUUUCUCCGGUGGAGACUGGAGAGUGGAGACCCACCGUCUCCUGCUGCUCCGUCCCCAGCUUCCCCUCCGACUCCGAGAUGGCCGAGUCCUAAUCCCCUCACCGCCACCGCCACCGCCACCGCUUCCGUUACCACAAUCACCUCAAAGUUCAAACGCGUUGGUACGCGGGAGGCGGGGAGCUAGGGUUUACGGGGUUGGAUGGGGUACCUCCUCCUCUCGCCGUCGCCGCCGCUCGCCUUCCGGCUCUCCUCCUCCUCCGGCAGCGGCGGCGGCAGCGCAUGCCGCCACCGCGCGCGGAGAGGUGCGGCCUUCGUCGUCGCGUCGUCCGCCUCGCCUUCCGAUGGCGGCCCGUCUCCUUCGUCGUCCACGGCGGCGGAGGCGUACGUGCUGGCGCGGCGGGCGGUGCUCCUCGGCGCCUCGGCCAUCCCGCUCGUUCGCCUCCGCGGUGCCGCGGCAGCGCCCACGCCCGGGGACCUCCUAACGGUUUAUGGCAUGUUGUUACCCAAAGGGUUUAUUAGAAGAAAGGUGAUCGAUGCCCCAAGGGUAAAUCAUCAAGCUGAGAAUUGCUACAAAACUUUCAAGAUUGGACAUAAUUCCGUCAUCUGUAGACCUAAGGAUGCUAAGUUUGAUGAGACAAAGGAUGUCUCAAAGCCUGAUGGCCCUCCGUCUGAAGGGACAAAGGGUGUUGUGAAGUCUGACAACCCUCAGCCUGAAGGAACUGCUGAAACUACUACUCCUGAAGCUCGUCAGCCUCAAUCAUCCUUACAAUCGGUGCAAGAACAACCUCCAGGGAAUCUACUGUUUGGCCUUUUGAAUACAAUUGCAGUUGCUGCCUCUGGUGUUCUUGCUGGAUUGUAUGGUACUUCCCGACAAGAAAACAAGGCCCUGCAAUCACUCAUCUCAUCUAUGGAGAGCAAAUUGGCUGAAAAUGAGGCAUCACUCUCUUUGAUGAGGGAUACCUAUGAGAAAAGGUUACUGGAGCAACAAUCAGCACAAAAGAAGCAAUCUAUGAAAUUCCAGGAGCAGGAAGCUUCUCUUUCAGAUCAAUUGACUUCAACAAAGAAGACUUUGAUGUCACUGAGUGAAGAAUUCAGAAAGGAGAAGAGACUAGCUGAGGAGCUUAGGGAUGAAAUACAGAGAUUAGAGACUAGUAUCACACAAGCUGGGGAAGAUAAAGAUGUGCUUGAAACUAAACUGCAAGAAAAGUUGGGUGAGAUUAGUGUUUUGCAGGAAAAAAUAAGUUCGCUCAGCCAAGAAAUUGAUGAUAAGGAGAAGCACAUCAGGGAACUCAGCGCAUCACUUUCCUCGAAGGAAGUAGAUUACCAGAAGCUUUCCUCUUUUACUAAUCAAACUAGAAGGAGCCUUGAGCUUGCAAAUUCUAAGAUACAACAACUGGAGGAAGAGCUUCAGAGAACUAAAAAUGUUCUCGCUUCUAAGAUAUCUUCGAUUGAUUCAUUGAAUGUGAAACUUCAAACAUUGAACUCUGCAAAGGAAGAAGCUGACAAAAAAAUUAAUGAGUUAAGACAAGAGUAUACAGACCUGAAGGCUACUUUUGAGACAAGAGCAAGUCAUGAUUCGAAACUACUAUCAGAGAGAGAUGAUCAGAUGAAACAGCUUGAAGAAAAACUCUGUGUUGCAUUAACUGACUCUAGCAAAGAUCAUGAAACAAUUGCUGAGUUGAACAAGGAAUUGCAUGCCACCAAAGUGAUGCUAGAGAAUGAACUUGCGGCCAUGGAAAAUUUAAAAGGUUCGAUUCGAUCAUCUGAGGAGGCUCUAAAGGAUUCCAGAAGUGAGGCUUCCAAACUUUCCAAUGAACUUGAGGAAGCACAUAAAUCAAAUCAGGACCUGGUAUCACAGAUUUCAAAACUCCGAGAUGAGUUCAAUGAGAUGCAAGAAGGUCUGACAAAUAAACUAGGAGAGGCAGAGUCAAUAUCCAAAGCACUGUCAGAUGAGCUGGUCUCUGUAAAGGAAAUGUUUCAAAAGGGACAUGAAGAACUUGAAGCCACCUCUAAUGAGCUGGCAUCUGUUGCUGAAGCUCGCGACAACUUGAAGAAAGAAUUGCUGGAUGUGUACAAGAAUUUGGAGUCUACCACACAUGAGCUUGUUGAGGAAAGGAAAAUUGUGACAACCUUGAAUAGGGAGCUUGAAGCGUUGGCAAAACAAUUGCAGGUAGAUUCUGAAGCACGAAAAGCUCUUGAAGCAGACCUGGAUGAGGCAACAAAAUCACUAGACGAGAUGAACAGUAGUGCGUUGUCACUGACUAAGGAACUAGAGAGCACGCAUUCUAGGAAUGACACUCUUGAAGCUGAGAAAGAAAUGCUAUCAAAGGCUCUAGCUGAACAAAUGAAAAUCACAGCUGAAGCUCAGGAAAACACUGAGGAUGCUCAGAAUCUUAUCACAAGGCUUCAGACAGAGAAGGAGAGUUUUGAACUGAGGUCUAGACAUCUUGAAGAGGAACUGGCGCUAGCAAAGGGCGAUAUACUGCGCCUAAGAAGGCAGAUUAGUGCAAAUAGGUCUCCAAAACCAAGAACACUUCCCAGAACAAGUGCACCACCAGAGACUAAUGAGACUAUGAAAGAGCAACCUUUGAAUGAUCAUAACGAGACGACCAGUGGAGUUGCUGCUGGAACUACGCAUUCUGCGAAAAGGACUGCAAGGAGAAGAAAAGGUGGCGCUUCGACAUGAGUGUGCUUUGGAAGCCCAAACAAGAACCAUCUUUUCAUGCCUUCCUAUUUACUCAUCCAUUAUUUCUUCAUUUUUGAAAUUUUCAUCCUUUGCAAAAUAGCAUCAAUAACCGUUCCAUUGUUAUUUACAUUUGCCUUGUGUAGUAUUUCAGUUCUUUGCUGUAUUUUGUUAAGUUAUUGGAAAAUUGAGGAUCUAUACGUGUAGAGAUGAGUUACUGAACGGCCAACGUCAGGAAGAGUGCUUCUAUAUGUAGUUAUACUGAGUUCUGCACCAUAUUAUUACUCGUUUUUAUACUUAUCUA